UCUCUUCUUUCUCAACAGUCUCUCUCUACAAAAAAAAGUUUUCCCCCUUUCUCUCUCUCCUUAGCGUCGUCUUAGGGUUUCGCGAAAUUUCGCAGUCAAAUUCUACUCUCUCCCGACGAAUCAACCCUCGAAGCUUACCUAAUCUUCUUAUCCACAACUUUCUGAAUCGCUCGAUGUCGUUUUCUCAACUUGCCGCUUAAGAUCGAGCUCGAAUCUCGCGUCUCUGAUUAACUCCGGUCGGAUUUUCUCCCAGCACUUGUUGUGUAGAGAGUAUAAUGGUGGAGCUAAGUUAAUCAUCACUAAGACAUAUAAAAUCUUCUUGAAGCAAAAUCAAUGGGAUCUUCCAUUAAGAUCAACUCAAUAUCCAUAGAUCUUGCAGGCGCUGCUAAAGAGAUUGAUAUGGUAAAAUGUGAUCAUUUCUCCAUACGUGGAUACGUAGCUGAAACACGUGAGAAAGAUCACAACAAAUGUUGGCCGUUUCCGGAGGAGAGCGUUGCUUUGGUGGACCAAGAAAGCUAUUCUCUUCCUUCUCUAUCAGUUCCAAAGUUUAGAUGGUGGCGUUGUAUGAGCUGCAUCAGAGAUAUCAAUGCUGAUGGAACAAAAGAUUGUGGACUGCAUCCAAACUCAAAAAAUUUAAGCGGGAAAAAGCAGCUUGAUGGAAACUCUUCGGUUAUCCCAAGUCAAAGCAAAUUGAAUUCACUAACUAUUAUUGAUCAGGAGAAAGAAGGGAGAACUGGUAUUGCAGAUAAUGCUGUUGAGAAGAACGAUGAUGCAAACUGCAAAAGAUCUCAGAAGGAUGAUCAUAGAGCUACUAUUUUUCUCAAGAGAGGUCAUAAUCCAUCUACAGAUGCUUCUACUGUUAAGAGCAAGAGCAGAAAGCUCGCAAGCCAAGAGCAUGUAAGAAACAAGAAAGCUAAAGUAACAGAUAUUAGCAGCUGGAAAGAGAAACAUAACUUGGGUGGUCAAGCCGUGACAACUUUUGGAUCAUCUGAUAUCGCUGGUGUGGUUGAUGAUACUCCCCCUAAGGCCAUCAAGAACCAUAAUAAAGACAGUCUUGCUCUCAUGGAAUGCGAUAACGGGUCAUCAGAGAGUAUAAAUCUCGCCAUGACUGGUUUGCAGCGUAGGAAAACUCGCAAGGUUCGUCGACUCAGCGAGCUACUUGAUCAACCCAAGACCAAAACCAGCGGUGGUAAAGAAGAGCCUUCUUCUUCGAAAAGGGGUAGAAAGAGAAAAGUGUUGCCUGAAAAUAACUAUGUCAGCAGGAAGUUAAUCACCGUCGGUGCAACUUCUGAAAAUGACUCUGAUCAAGAUUAUAGUACAUCAAGUGAUAGUGGGUUUGAGAGAGAUCUUAUUAAAGGUAAGCAGAAGAACAGAAGGUUCCAGGUCGUUGACGAGUUUGUACCUUCACAAGAGGGUGUCCCAAAGAAUGAUCAUGCAGAUCUUAGUAAGAGCACUGCUUUAUCAGUUCCUUGUCCUCUGAGUACUCAUCAGAGAACAGAGAAGAAGCUAAGCUUAUCCAAGAAGAAGAAACAUAAGCCUGUUUCAGACAAUGGGAAGAGUACACUGAUCAGCUUUGGUUCCCAAUAUACUCGAGAUUUGUUGAAUGAUCGUUUAGCUUCAGAAGGGUAUUUUAGAAAACCUAUCCCUCAGCUUAAUGUUAGGCCAGUGAAUGAUCAUGUAAUGAGGUCAAGAGAUGCAGAACCAAACAGUCUUGGAGAGUUUGGUUCCUCUUCCAAACCCUACACAGGUGGAUGGUUGAGAACAGGAGUGGAUGCCAACAACAAUACAGAUAAAUUGUCCUUUCAGAACUUCAAUCUAAGAAGCACCUCAGAUGCUUCUGGUGUUGACAGAAAGGGGAAGACAGUUAUGUUCCAAGAACAUCAAGAACCACCCAAAAGCCAAAGCCAUGAUAGAACUGAAGACCAAAACGACGAUAUACCGAUGGAGAUAGUGGAGCUCUUAGCCAAAAACCAAUACGAAAGGUGUCUUCCAGACAAAGAAGAGCCAUCACAAGAAAUGUCACACAAACCCAAGAACACUCUACUGAUUGAUCUCAACGAAACCUAUGACAACGGAGCCUCGCUGGAUGACGACAACAACAUAUCAAGACCACCAAAACCUUGUGAAACCAAUGCAAGGAGAGAGUCUCUUGACUUCUUCCCUAUAAGUCAACCCUAUGUGCCUUCUCCCUUUGGUAUCUUUCCUCCUCCUCAAGAUAACCGGCCUAGCUCCAUCAGGUUCUCUGGUCACACCUGCCAGUGGCUUGGCAACGUCCCAGCUAUGUCUACUCAUCCUCCCCCAUAUAGGGUACUACGUCCGUGUAACACGUGCCAAAGUGGUCCACACCAAUACAGAGAACCACUUCCUCAUCCUAUUUGGGCAACAACUUCAAUGAGACCAGUUUCUUACAACAUGGAUCCAUCGACGAAGCUUGGUAUGAUUCCACAGCCACCAACCAGUGAUAAGAACACAUGGAACCUCAACUUUGUCGCAGCCGCCGCCGCCAACGGGAAGCAAAAAUGUGGGUCUAGUUCAGAACUCUCGUUUGGGUGCAAACACGGUGGUGGAGUUAAUAAUAAUAGUAGACCAGUGGACGCGUUCUCUAGUGAGAGCUCUAUACCUGCGUUGCAUCUACUCAGCCUUAUGGAUCCUAAGAUUGGACCAAACACUCCCUCUGACCACCAGGGAAACACUAAAGCUACUCAAAGACACUUCCCACUUGUUAGCCAGCCUAAGGGACGUGUAGAGAUUCAAACAGGAGACUCUAGUAAGCAGCUACCUUAUGAUUAUUACAGCAAGAGUUUCCCCAUGGUUCCACCACUUGGUGCGUCUUCAUUCUCGUUUCAAAAGCCACAAGCUCCAUGGAUUCAUCAUCACCAAGAGAAGAAAACCAUGAGAAAAGAGCCGGUUUACAGCAGCAAUGACCUAGGGAGGUUCCAGCUAUUAGGGGCGUCUGAUUCAAUGAAGCUCCCUUUGAAGUUUCACGUGAUGGGUAAAGAGAAGAAACAGAACAGGAAAGCAGAGAGCUGCGGGGAUGCCUCGGCCUGGCCUCCAAGGAACAGUUGUGGAACCAUUGUGUGCAGCGUGAGUAGAAACCCGGCUGAUUUCACCGUUGCUGAACCUGGGAAUGUUUACAUGUUAACUGGUGAAAGUCUCAAGGUUCGAAAACGCGCAACCUAUAAGAAAAAAUCGAAUUUGUCUAAGGAAGAGGAACUGAAGCAGACUAAGAAGCCUGUUCGUCCAGUUACAGAAAAUGUCUAGAGAUAAUAAUACAACGUGGACGAGACAUGUGUUGAUGGUGAGAGGAAGAGGGGGUCACAAAGAGACACCGUUUCUACUGAAAUCAAGAAUAAGGCAGACACCAAUUAAUGGAUCUUUGUGCUCUGCACAUCUCUCUUAUGUUUGUUUGUUUGUUAAUGCAUACUUGAAAACAUUCAGCCUGUGUAUAUAUUCAUAGACCUUCUCUUUCUUUGUUUUAUCUUUUGUUGGAUAUAUACCUUCAUUGUGUUUGAUAUUUUGUAUCUCUUAGACUAUAUCUUUCUCUGUACAAUCAAUUUUACAAAACAAAUAUGAC